AUGAAAUCGAUAUGCUUGGUGGAUAAGUUAAUAUGGAAUUUUCCUGGAAAUAUGAAUCCUCACGCUUUUGCCUUUGGGGAUGUCGACAAUGAUGAGGAUAAUGAAUUUGUUAUUGGAAACUUAAAUGGUGAGUUGAGUGUGUUCAAGGGCAAUCCAAUUGAGGGGCGGCCUUUAAUGACUGUUAGUGGAUUGGGAACGAUAACUUGUGUGGCCGUCGGCGAUAUUAAGAAUUCGGGCAAGAAUUCAAUUGUCUGUGUCAAUGCUGAAGGGGACUGUAACAUAUUUGACAUGACGAAGCAUAAUCCUACAUCAACAACCGAAGAAGAAAACAUACCAACAAGUACUAGAAGAAUUUCUGAAGCACAAGCACCACUGAUAAAGCCUAAUGUUAAUGAUCAUUUUAAAUUAACAUUCACUGUCCCUGUUAACUGCAAUCAUAUCUUGAUUGCUGAUAUUGAUGGGGAUGGCAUGAAUGAGGUAAUUCUUGCGCGUACCGAUCGUAUAUUACAUGUAUACUCUUAUGAAACGUCAUUACCUACUGAGGGAUCGACGGUCAACAAAACUCCUAGUAAAGAUCAACAAAAUUUAUUGACACGAUCAGGCAAUCUAAUCACAGAAAUUACUGCGAAUAGAACAAGUAAAGAUAAGCCGAAUGUUAAUGAAAUGAGUCCAACUCUAAAAGAAAAAAAGAAAUGGUUUUUUAGUGGUCAGAUCACAUCAUUAUCUACAGCUACGGACCCUCAAACAUCAUCACCAUUAUUGCUCGUAGGCCAACCUGGUGGUCAUUUUAUGAUAAUAGAUAAGAAUGAGAAUCGAACUUGCCCUACUCAAAUGUCAAAUGAUUUACAAU